CGCCCCCGACCGGGGCUCGGGCGGUCGGUGCGCGGAGCAGUACCCGCCUCCCCGAGCAGGUAGAAGAUGACAGAAUACUCGAGGAAGUCCUUCAAAGACAGCCUGAGAGACAUAAAACAGCGUAUGAAAGAGAAAAGAAAUCAGAAAUGGGCAAAGCUGGGUAAAACUACCCAGUUCUCCACCGUAAAGGCCAAAAGAGCAACCAACAGCUCCUCCAAAAUGAAGAUCAUUCAAGCAAACAACAGAGAUCUAGCUCUGUCUUUGCAAGAAGAAAAGCUCAAACUGAGGGAAGCUGAAGCUACCAUUCUUCAGUUAAGGAAAGAUUAUCACAAUUUGAAGGCUCAGAUGGCUGACUUGCAGAGAAAUCACAGGUUCCAGCAAGAACAAGGACUUGUGGAGAAUCAACUGUCAGCCUUGAAUGAGAUAAUUUCCAAAGUCUCACAGAAUUUACUGGACUCAAUUGAUCUCCUUGGCCCAGCAAAGAAUUUGUGUUCCAUAGACAUAAAUCAAAGAGUGCUUUGUUCAGGUCCUGGAAACAGUUGCAGCAUCACAGAUUCAAGAGGGCCUCUGCAGUGUGCUCAGGGAGAUGAUCCUAUACUUCCAAGUAGGACAGAAGACUGGAGUGGUAGAAAUUCUUGGUCAAAUAUGUGUGUGGAAUCUGAAAUAAUUCCAAACAAAGAGGAGUGUGCUACAGAAAAUGUAAAUGCAGCUAUUUCUCACUUGAAUGAAGGCAAGGUAGAUUCAGAGCAGGUGUUGAGACCGAGAAAGUCUGAAACUGCACAGUUCAACUUAAAACAUAAUUUUGUUUUUAAACAACCUGAGUGUAAAAGCAGAGAAAACUCUCAAGGAAGGAAAAAGAAGCGCCAGAAGGGAGUACUGAAACAGCCUAAAAAUACUUCCAAAAAAGGACCAGGAAAAAAGGAUAAAGAGGCUUCCAAAAAAAAGCUGAAUUUCUUGGGCGGCAUCAGUGAUGCUUAUGACUUCCAUUUGGAAGAGAGCGUCCAUGUUACACCUUUUCGACAAAACAAGGUGAAUGACAGAGAUACUGCUGUGGAUGACACACAAGGCUCAGAUAAAACUGAUUCCAUUGAGUUGAGCGAUACUGAAGAUGAUUUAGACGACAGUCUCUAUGAGCCUUACAAGAGUAAAUCGAAGAAAACGCGAAGUUCAGUAGACGAUGAUGCUACAUCACCAAUCUGUCCAAGGCCAAGGUCUAAAAGAUGUUGGGCACAGCGCGAGCAGAAACUCUGUCAUGAAGAAGAGACUGAAAACAACAAAUCAAGUGACAAGUCUAUUAAGCAGCCUUCUGAGCCACCUCGUGGGCAUCUCUGUGAUGUUACCAAUACCACUGCAUUGCUCCCCAGCACUGGGGAUCCAGCACCCGUCCCAGAAGGGGAAGGACCACGGUCUCCAAAACGCAAGCGAAGCUGUACUGUUAUCGUGAGCUAUAAAGAACCAAGUAUUGCAGGGAAGCUCAGGAGAGGCGAUCCAUUUACAGAUACAAAGUUCCUGACAUCUCCAGUUUUCAAAAUGAAGAAAAGAUGUUAAAUGAUGUUCUUCUAAGAAUGAAUCUCUGAAAAAAGACCGUGAGAAAUUGGUUACCUGUCAUUGAGAUUUUCAGCAAAACCAUGGUCAUGCCAUGAAGAAAGGAAAUCUUAAAUCCAAAUUGCUGUUGCACAAUACCUUAUUUAAGUAUGUGAAUAUUUGUGUUUCUAAUAUUAAGGGUAUCAGAUUGAUCUGGUGACUUGUUUUUAAUGAUAUGGACUGAUUAGUUUUAUAACUGAAAUUAUUACAUUCAAGCUCCUUUUGACUGGAUCCGGGAGUAUAUGAAAAAUCUGAUGGAUAAGACACUGAAUGUCAUUUUAUGACCUGUAGUCAGUAAGGUUGAACUUUAGGCACUUGAGAUGUUUUGGGCAGGGAGUCUUUUUAAUAACAGUUUUUGUACAGAUGUUUUCCAUGUAGUGGUUGUAGUUUCAUAUUCAAUCUCAUAAUAAACGUCUUAGUGUUUGGAAGCA